UUCCGGCAAAACUACCGAUCCCGAUAGGCAUCGCGCGGCCACUGUUCCCACUGUUCCUGCGUCGCGCCUGCGCAGAACCGCCUUUGUUUCCGGCGUGGAUCCGGGCGGGCGCGGCGUGCCGUUGGGUUUAGGCGCUGUCGGGGGCUCCUCGGUUUGCCGGUUUGUGUUUGCGGCUGUGCAGGUGAGAGAACGGCCGGCGCUUUGGGACCAGGGCACGUUUCGGCGUCUCGGGGUGCUGGGACAGAUGCUGGACUUACACUUGCGGUUCGCAGUCGGAAAUCGUUGUUCACCACUCCUCGGUUCCUCGGCGUUUUCUAGUUGACGAAGUAAUUCUUCUUCCCCUUCACCGAUCCCCACAACACUUGGGGAGAUCAGGCACAGCAACCACACAGAAAAGAUGGGAGAGGAAGCCAAUGACGACAAGAAGCCAACAACUAAAUUUGAACUAGAGCGAGAAACAGAACUUCGCUUUGAGGUGGAGGCAUCUCAGUCAGUUCAGUUGGAGCUGCUGGCUGGCAUGGCAGAAAUAUUUGGCACAGAGCUGACCCGAAACAAGAAAUUCACCUUUGAUGCUGGUGCCAAGGUGGCUGUUUUCACUUGGCAUGGUUGUUCUUUACAGCUGAGUGGCCGCACCGAGGUGGCUUAUGUCUCCAAGGACACUCCUAUGUUGCUUUAUCUCAACACUCACACAGCCUUGGAGCAGAUGAGGAGGCAGGCGGAGAAGGAAGAAGAGCGAGGUCCCCGGGUGAUGGUCGUGGGCCCCACUGAUGUGGGCAAGUCCACAGUGUGCCGUCUGCUGCUCAACUAUGCAGUGCGUUUGGGCCGCCGUCCCACUUAUGUGGAGCUGGAUGUGGGCCAGGGGUCUGUUUCCAUCCCUGGUACCAUGGGGGCCCUCUACAUUGAGCGGCCAGCAGAUGUCGAAGAGGGAUUCUCUAUCCAGGCCCCUCUGGUGUAUCAUUUUGGCUCCACCACUCCUGGCACCAACAUCAAGCUUUAUAAUAAGAUUACAUCUCGUUUAGCGGAUGUGUUCAAUCAAAGGUGUGAAGUGAACCGAAGGGCCUCUGUGAGUGGCUGUGUCAUUAACACCUGUGGCUGGGUCAAGGGUUCUGGGUAUCAGGCCCUGGUGCAUGCAGCCUCAGCCUUUGAGGUAGACGUGGUUGUGGUUCUGGAUCAAGAACGACUGUACAAUGAACUAAAACGGGACCUGCCUCACUUCGUCCGAACUGUGCUGCUCCCUAAAUCAGGGGGUGUGGUUGAACGCUCCAAAGACUUCCGGCGGGAGUGUAGGGAUGAGCGUAUCCGUGAGUAUUUCUAUGGAUUCCGGGGCUGUUUCUAUCCCCAUGCCUUCAAUGUCAAAUUUUCAGAUGUGAAAAUCUACAAAGUUGGGGCACCCACCAUCCCAGACUCCUGUUUGCCUUUGGGUAUGUCUCAGGAGGACAAUCAGCUCAAGCUAGUACCAGUCACACCUGGACGAGAUAUGGUGCACCACCUUCUGAGUGUUAGCACUGCUGAGGGCACAGAGGAGAACCUUUCUGAGACCAGUGUGGCUGGCUUCAUCGUGGUGACCAGUGUGGACCUGGAACAUCAGGUGUUUACUGUUCUCUCUCCAGCCCCCCGCCCACUGCCUAAGAACUUCCUUCUCAUCAUGGAUAUCCGGUUCAUGGAUCUUAAGUAGAGACUGGUAUGAAGCCUUGCUGCCUGGGGCAUCGAGAUCUUCUGGCCAUCAUGAAAGGCAAAAAAGUUGGGCUAAAGUAUGAGACUCUGUUGAGGCCAAACAGACGAGUAAAUAGUGAACUAGUAGAAAGCAUAUUUCUACCUCUUAAGAUGGGUGGUGGGAGCCUAACUCUUCUGAUCUUGAACCAAAAAGAACCAGGAGAACAUAAUUGGUUUCUUGGAUCACCAAAGGUGCCGCUUUGUAUUCUCCGAGGCCCUGGAGAAUCGUAUUUUUUCCACUAUGCUACUUGGUGGACUAAUUUUUAGGAGGAACUUUUUAAAAAAUUAUCACUGCUUUAUAUUCUGUACAUAGUACUUGUUAUUCCAUUUAUCCAAGAUGAAAGAUUGAAUCAGAAGGCCUCUUUCUAGUAAAGUUCAAACUUGGGAAAUUUUAAUAAAUAUUUUUGCCAUACCACA